ACAGGGAAGCCGCUCCUCUCUUCUUUUCUCCGCUUCGGCUGCCCAGAGCUUGUUCUCCUCCCAGCGCGACAGGACCGCUGGCAAGAAUCGGAAGGAGGAUGGCCGCUUUCAGCCUUGGCCUCUUGAUCUGCCUGGUGCUUGUACCCUUCAAGGCCGAUGCCCAAGCUGGCCCCUGUCCCGGUGGCUGGCUCUCCUACAACGGCCACUGCUAUGGUUACUUUGAGCAGGAGGUGAACUGGCAACAGGCUGAGACCUUCUGCCAAAGCCACAACGGCCACCUGGCCUCCAUCCAGACCCGCGAAGAGCACCAAGCCGUGGCCAACUUCCUGACAAAGGCUCAAUGGUGGGAGCACGAAGACGUCUGGCUGGGACUCUUCCUCCCAUCCAAUAGCCGAACCUGGGCUUGGGUGGACGGCAGCCCCGUGGGCUACACCGCCUGGGAAAAGCAUUACCGUCGCUCCUGGAAGACGUGUGCUGCCCUGGAUGACUCUUAUGGGUUCAUGCUGUGGGAUGACGACUCCUGCUACGACCGGAACCCCUUCCUCUGCAAGAGCUUGGCAGCGGCUGCCCCCACCCAGGCCCCGGAGGGAGGCCAGGCUGGCCAGCCCUGAAUCUGCUUCUUCCCCCCCCCACCCCGCCCCGCCCCACCCUGGCCAAAGCCCAGAGCCCCUCCUGCCACCCCCUCCCUCUAUCCAUCCUCCCUUCCCCACCAAAGCUUCUGCAGCAUCUCACAAUAAACACCUUUGAGCAAAG